AUGGCAGUGAUUGGGCACUGGGUGGCUUCUUUCCUGCUAUGUUACUUGGUACCUCAAGCAUCAGUGACUUUGCUAUGCAAGAUGGCCAUGAUGUCGGAUUUCACCUGCGGCUUCUUACUCUUAGCGAAAGUGGAAGGUGUGGCGGUCUUCCCCUGGUACUUGAGCACACCUCCACCGGCCGCCAAUGCGACCAUCCAGUACUGGAAAGAAAGCGGCCAGUGGCUUCCGGGGGUGGAUGAAACUGCGUCACAAGGGUUUCUCGGCUUUGCGGCACUGUUUCCCAUGUAUUUGGACAUCCCCUACUCCCACAGCGUGCUAGGUAUGGCGAUUAUUGGCCUCCUGGUUGCCAUCAUUGCAUGGCUACGUUAUGGUAUUGGAUUUGCCUACGCCAUGGCCAUCUUCUUGGCUGCCAUCAGCCACCCCGUGCUGGACAUGUUCUUCCACGAUGCGUAUGUCCUUGCCGGGAACCGCGCGGUGAGUCGUGUGACCGUCAACUUUUGGCAGAUUUACUAUAUGGAGCCCGUGGCAUUUCUUCUGGAGUGUUGCUUGGCCUAUGGCGGCUAUUGCCUUUGGUGGUCUACCCGCAAAGCCCGGGGCAGCGACGAGGUGGCGAAGAAGAUCGCGUAUUACAAGCGAAUGUUUUGGACAAUCUCCUUGAGCCACAACAUGGCUUCCUUCUACAUUGUGUCGCCCUUGACCAUCUUCACCAUGUACAAGUAUUUCCCGGCGCAGCAGUUCGCGACCAACGACUGCUACUGGGGCUACGCGGUCUUUGCCUUCACCAUGUGGUCCUGGACGAUGGCUUUGUAUCCGCUCCACCAGCUGCAGCAGCUCACCACCGUUGCAACGGAGAAGGUGCCAAGUCCUGAAGAUGAUGGCAAGCUGCGCCCGGCCUCACCCGAAACGGAGGCCCUGGAGUUGGGUGGUCAAGAGGCCCAGGAGAGGAACCAGGAGGCCUUGAGACAGCAGCUACGAGCCAUGCGUACAGGAGAUGAUGCCGUGGCUUACUUCACCAGGUGGCUGGAGAAGAUUGGGCCUUUUUUGCUGUCCAUGUUUUGA